UGUGUUAGUGCUCAUGUAUUCACACACAGUCAUUAUUAAUCCAUACACAUUUCUAAAAGGAACCGAAAGGAAGUGGAAGGGGAUUCGAAGGAAGUCUUUUCCGCUCGUCACGUUUUGCUGCCUUGAGCGUUCUCAUCUCUCAUUUAACUUAUUUAAUAAGUAUCCAAAAACCUUUAAUCAACAAUGGAACUCCCAAAAUGUUUCUUUGACAUGAGUGUCGAUGAUAAACCAGUUGGUCGCAUUGUCAUCGAGUUGAGAAGCGAUGUCGUUCCUAAGACUGCUGAGAACUUCCGUGCUCUUUGCACAGGAGAAAAAGGAUUUGGCUACAAGAACAGUUCGUUCCAUCGUAUCAUUCCAAAUUUCAUGUGUCAAGGUGGUGAUUUCACCAAGCACAAUGGUACUGGAGGAAAAUCAAUUUACGGAGAAAAAUUCGAGGAUGAGAACUUCCAACUUAAACACACCGGUCCAGGAAUUAUGUCAAUGGCAAAUGCUGGAGCAAACACAAAUGGCUCUCAAUUCUUCAUCACCACUGUUAAAACCGCGUGGUUGGACAAUAAACACGUUGUCUUUGGUUCCGUCGUUGAAGGUAUGGAUAUAGUCAAAAAAUUGGAAAGCUUUGGAUCUCAAAAUGGAAGGACUUCCAAGAAAAUUUGCAUUGCCGACUGUGGUCAACUUUAAAAAAAAAAAUAAGGAAAAAACUUUGUCUUCUCAAUUCCAUAAAGCGGAAAAAAGCCAUGUUGAUUUGAAACAAAAAGCAUUUAAAUUUCCUUUCCCUCUGCCUGUUGUUCAUUGAAGUCAUGAAUGGAAAAGGAAAAUUCUUAACGAAAAAGUUUUGAAAAUGUCGAUGAAAGAUCAAGAAUUUCUAAAUCAGAUUUAUCUUUAAAAAAAGGCACAUUUACAUUUUUCAAUUCAUAAAUUUCCAUUCAUUACCUCUUUGAUACAUUUUUUUGAAAUUUAAAUUAAUCAGGGUAUUGAACGAAAACAAAAAACUUUUAAUUCUCCGACUAGUACUUUUAUGUAUAGAUAUGGUGAUUUUUUUUUAAAUCGACUCUAUUCCUAAUAAUAUGUACUUAUUCACGUAAUAAUUAACAAUUUCAAUGCGUGGUGGUAUAUUCCGUUUAAAAGUGUAUACUUAUGAGACGAAUAUUAAAAAAUGUUCUUUGCCCUGGAAAUAAAUUUUAUACUGUUUUUUUUCCCCUAUUUUCAAUAGUCCUUUGAUGAUCAUAUUUACAAUGAAUAAAUGAAUUUCUGUCAAAUA